UAUCACCCCAUCGAGACAAAAUCGACAACUCCCAAGGGUCCAAACCAGGGAAGCGUCUUUGACUUGGAUUGUGCCUCUGAUUCUUUUCUGAACUUCUCGAAAACCAGUCGCUUCAAUCAACACCGAUUGCAAAGAAUACCGACAACAUGAACACCGUCAAGUCUUUCUGGCUCGGUUGGGGCUCUCUGUGCGUUGGUGGCGCCGCCGCGUACUAUUUCGCCAAGAAGGAGAUCAAUGCCUCGCGCCGUAACCAGCUCGAGGAACUGCGCCGCAAGAAGAGCAUGGCUAGCUCGAUGGAGCAAUCGGAAAACCUUCAGUCCCAGCCCCUCUCUUCGUCAGCCACGGGCGGAUCUGCCACCUACAACGGUUCUCCGGCACGGACGGACUCGGCCGGCUCACCCAGCAUGGAAUCUAGCAACGAUCCAGCGCCGACGAGACAUGCGCCUUCGACCGAGCGCGAAAGGGUAUUCGAGAAAAGCAAGUACGAAGCUAGCGUGCCAUAUUCCAGCAGGAAGGGGGAUCGAUUCUCUUGAAGUGGAACUCGCCACGGAACAGAAGAAAAAAGGAGUAGAAGGUAUACACAUGUAUGAUACGACAGCAAGGAACUCUGGUCUGCCCCAAAAGUUAGAGAUGGGGAUGCGGCCGGUUGGUUCUGAUUCGACGUAGAUGAAAGUCGCGGUUUCGAUGCUGCUUAGCUGGCUAGCUGCAACUGGGCCUCGUUUCGUAUGCUUGUUUUCCAGUGCAAGAGUCUUGAAAUGGAAUACCCAGGUUAUCGCGAAAAGCUCCAUGUUUUGCGUCCAUGGAUGCAGACACAAGUAUAACCAGCGCGUUCAGUGACGCCGCUGUUUAGGUCCUGUGUGAAAGAGCACAAGCAGAGAGAGCUUUGACCACU